AUGAACAUUGUGUAUUAUGCUAGAUUCUGUCAACUUAUAUUCUCUUAUUGCUUUCCUGAUGUUCCUAUGCCUGAAAAUGGUAAUGAACUGCCCUUUAGAAUAACCAAACGUGCAUUCCCUGAUCUUAUUAAAAAGGACAGCAAGAAACCCAAUGUACCAGUAUUUGCUGUUCCUGUCACAGUUCAGGAUAAAUUAAGGGUUGCCAUGCCAGAUAGAUAUGAACCUUUAUUCUCUGAUGAGAAUAUACCACAUCCUCCCUCCUCAUCUGCUCAACCAGUUGUUGAACCAACCUCUGGUCCUUCUCAACAAGGGCCAGUUGUAAAAUCUGACCAAGCCUUACCCUCUGGUUCUUCCCAAAAAGGGCCAGUUGUAACAACUUCACCUAAGAGAAUACUCAGAUCUUCAAAAUCUCCAACCAAACCAUCUCCUCCUCCCAGGAAGAGAAGAUUUCUGCAAAAGAUCUCAGACUCUGAUUCUGAUGAAGCACCUCAACUCCCUCCACCAGUUAAGAAACAGAGAAAGAAAGUUAAGCCUACAAACAUCACUGAUCUGACUGUUGAGCCACCUCAGUCAGAAGAUCCUAACCAGGCCUUGAUCCUAUUCUCUGAUCAACCACAAAGUGCAGAUCCAGUAAUGAUUGAACCUCUCUCUGCAAUGCCUCUUGAUACUGCUGCAGCUGACAUUCAAAUGUCAGACACAAAUCCUGAUUUUCAAGGUCAAUCAGAGGAUGCUCAAACAGAGGCUGUGUUGAAAAUGAUUCAAGAUUCUCUGAUCCAACCUGAAGCCAAUGUUGCAGCUCCUGUUCAGGAGGUUUCUACAGCUGCAAAUUCUGAUGCAGCAACAGAAGCUCUGGCAUCUCAUACUCUGAGUAUAUUUGUUGAUAAUGAUGAUGAUGAUGCAACAGAGGUCACUUCUAUUCCUGUUCAGACUUCUGAAAGUCCAGUCUCAGUCUCUGAUCCAGUCAGAGAUACUGCACCAACAAAAGUUGAUUCUCCAGUUCUAGCACUGUCACCAGUCAGAGAAUCUUCUCCUCUCAAGACUCCAACUCCAAAUCAUACCUCUCCAAUUCAACAUUCAAUGUCUGCACAGAGAAGAGUUUGUCACUUAACUUAUUUCCAGAGGAUGUGCAGAGCUCAACCUCCCUCUGUGGAAGACAGACUUACCUCCAUUGAGGCCACUCAAAGAUCAAUGCAGCAUACUCUAGUUGACUUGAGCUCCUAUGUAGAACAGCUGGUUAAAGCUCUUACCUCUGAUAAUGUCAAAACGGGGGAGAAAGUGCUUAAAGACAAAUGCAAAGGUGACCAGCCAAUAACAAAGAAAAAGUCAGAUGAUGAUGAAGAAGGAAAUGAGGAGGCUGCUGAUGGAAACUCCAACAAGCAGUUGGUACAGAUCAGAGAAAGGAGUGAUAAGGGUGCAAACUCUGAGAGGCUCAAAGAAUUCCAACAGAAACACAGGUCUAUGGAAAUGAUUAAUACUCAAAUUCAGAGCAUAAAUGAAGCAGUCAGAGUCUCUGAAAUUAUAUCUAAAGAACUUGCUGUUGUGAACUCUGAAGUUGAACAGAAGAAAGAAGGUCUGAUUCCUGAAUCAGACAAGUUGAUUGAAGCUGGAGGUCCUGAAUCUCAGAAGUUUUGUCAAACUCUGAAGUUCAGAGGUAAAGAAACCACCUUCUUCUACAAAUCUCCUUCUCUACAAGCUAUUGAUGAAGCUGUAGCAAGGAAGAUAUUUGAAAAGGAAAAUCCAGGAGUGGAUAUAGAAGAUAUCAGACUUGAGGAAGAAAGACUAGCUGCUGAGAAGAUGAAGAUCAGCAAGACAAAGUCUGAUGAGCGGAAACAAAUCACUGAUCCCUCACAGAAGCAGAAAAGACCAAAGCAAAAAGGGAUAGUGAUUAGUGAAGUGAACUAUACGGAUAUCAACAGACCAAGAACCAGGUCUCAAACUCAACCUAAGACUGAUUCAAAGGACAAAGGAAAGAAACUUGUUGAUGGAGUUCCUUCUGUGAUGAAGAAAUCUAUUGUCAAGAUAGCAUCAGAGAAUCCUUCUCAGAGGAUGAUAAAGCUAAGCAAGAAUGCAAAUAUAAUUACUGAUGUAUCUGAUCAAAUAGAAGAAGAAGAAGCUGGAUUGACCAGAACAAGGAAGAAUGAAGUCAAGCCAAUCUCUGAUAUAACUUUAACCUCUGAUAGUGCUCAAGUUAAAGUUCCAGCAACAGAAGAAAAGCCUGAGAAUUAA